AUGACCUACGACCCGGUGCAUCAUGCAUUGUCUGAAGUGUAUUGGGAUCGCCAGAUACCCCUCCCAAAGCUCGCACCGGUCCAAGCCAAGGUCACUGUCGCCCUGGUGGCACUGCUGUGCUUCAUGAACAGUUAUGACGGGGAGUUUGUGUUUGAUGAUUCUGAAGCAAUUAUCAACAACAAGGACUUGAAACCAACAACACCCCUGCACAACAUCUGGAGCAAUGACUUCUGGGGAAGCAACCUGAGUAGCAACUCUAGUCACAAAUCCUACCGACCUCUCACUGUCCUUACAUUUAGGUUGAACUACCUCUUGGCGGGAGGCCUGCACCCUGUUGGCUUCCAUGUGCUGAACAUCAUCCUCCAUGCUGUCAUAUCUGCCCUCAUGAUUGACAUGUUUGCUAUACUGAUUGGUGGACUGGCCCAUGAUGAGAAUGGUAGGAUACUGAACAACGCUCCCAAGACCUCUCUGCUUGCUGCCCUCUUGUUUGCCGCACACCCCGUCCACACAGAAAGUGUGGCUGGUAUAGUGGGUCGAGCAGAUCUUUUGUGCGCUCUGUUCUUCCAGCUGUCUUUCCUCACCUACUGUAAAGCUUUCAACCGAGGGAGUGACAGAGAUGACAGGUUUUCUGUCCAGUGGGUUGUGGUCAGCCUCUUGCUGUGUGCUGCAGCAAUGCUCUGUAAAGAACAAGGCAUCACAGUCUUGGGCGUAAAUGCAGCCUUUGAUGUCCUUCUGAUCUGUAAUGUUAAUGUGUAUGAACUCAGCCAGAGGCUACUCCUCAGGAAGAACCCGCUCAAUGUAAGUGAGAUAUUGCGAACGGGGCUGCUUACACGAUUAGCUCUCAUGGGUCUUGGAGGACUCUCAAUGCUCUAUGCACGCUGGAGGAUCAUGGGAACAGGACCACCAGCAUUCACUGAAGUAGACAACCCUGCCUCAUUUGCAGAAAAUAUAUUUCUAAGAAUAGUGAACUAUAAUUACUACUACUCUCUGAAUGCCUGGCUGCUGCUGUGUCCCUGGUGGCUGUGUUUUGAUUGGUCCAUGGGCUGUGUGCCUCUCAUUAAGUCAGCCACUGAUUGGAGGAUGGUAUGGCUGCUGCUGCUCUGGUGCAUCCUGAUAGGCUUGAUAAGCCAAGCCUUAUGCUCGCAGGACAGCCAGAGGAGGAGGACACUGACCUUGGGCCUGGUGCUGCUGGUGGUCCCUUUUCUGCCGGCUUGUAACAUAUUUUUCAGGGUGGGCUUCGUUGUAGCUGAGAGAGUUCUCUACCUGUCUUCAGCUGGAUACUGCCUGCUGCUGGCCUACUCUGUGGGACACUGCUGCUGCCGCUGGUCCAAAUACAGGAAGCCACUGUGUGUGUCGGUGCUCGGGCUGUUGUGUGUGUAUGUAGCUCGCUGUGCUCUCCGCAGUCACCAGUGGCGGUCAGAACAAAGCCUCUUCACCAAUGCCCUGUCUGUCUGUCCACUCAAUGCCAAGGUGCAUUAUAAUGUUGGUAAGAACCUGGCCGACAGAGGAAACUCUACUGCCGCUAUCGCAUAUUACAGAGAGGCAGUCAGCCUUCACCCUACCUAUGUCCAUGCUAUGAACAACCUGGGGAACAUCCUGAAGGAGAGGAAUGAACUGAUCGAGGCGGAGCAUCUGCUGUCCAAAGCUGUUUCUAUUCAGCCUGACUUUGCAGCAGCUUGGAUGAAUCUGGGUAUAGUUCAGAACAGCCUGCAGAGGUUCGAGGCAGCAGAGAAGAGCUAUUGGAAUGCCAUCCGCUUCCGCAAAAAAUACCCCGACUGCUACUAUAAUCUAGGACGCUUGUAUGCUGACCUGAACAGAAAUGUGGAUGCCCUGAACGCAUGGAGGAACGCAACCGUGCUCAAACCAGACCACAGCCUGGCAUGGAACAACAUGGUCAUACUGCUGGACAACACUGGUAACCUGGGUCAGGCUGAGCUGAUUGGCCGAGAGGCUUUGAAGCUCCUCCCCAACGACCACACUAUCAUGUUUUCAUUGGCCAACGUCCUGGGGAAAUCACAGAAAUAUAAGGAGUCAGAGGGCUUCUUCCUCCAUGCACUCCGGAUCAACCCAAAUUCUGCUAGUUGCCAUGGCAAUUUAGCUGUUCUGUAUCAUCGCUGGGGAAAGCUAGAGCUGGCAAAGAAACACUAUGAACUGUCUCUAAAGUUGGACCCUGAGGCUCCUGGGACCAGAGACAACUACAAAAUGCUGCGACGCAAACUGGACCAGCUCAAACAGCCCGCACCCUGAGGGAGCCUAUUGGGACCCCUGCCUGCCGUAAAACACCUUUUUACAUUGUUCCACUUAUUAUUAUUUUUGACCAUUUAGAAAUAAAGAACUUGAUCUGCGUAUCAGGCUCUUGUUUGGUUUUAUUGGGGGGGGGGGGAAUCAAUAUGUGUCACAGUUGCAGGUUGUCCUGUUGUAGCUUUUACUAUUAUUCGAGACUUUUGUAAGUAUGAGGCUGUUUGUGUACCAAGUAUCUAAUUUAAUGUCAUGGGUAUGAAGUGUGUACAGGCAGGUGUGCUGGAUGCCUGAGCUGGUUACAUGGUCGUCUGCGCUGUGCUGUUAUGUUGCUUCGUUUGAAGGCCAUGUGGAACUGAUCCAUGGUGAACCCCAUCCUCUUUUCAUCUCUUACCCUGUGUUGUGUCAGCUGGACGGAGCACCAUGCAUCCAGAGAAUCUGUUGUCAAUUGUAUUUGAUUUGGCCUUUUUUCAGGUUCAGUUCCAAAUGUCCCUAUACUCAAAAGCAGCCAUAGCUUGGACCAAGAGUCUGCGCACAGACACAAUGUAGUCUUUAUUUAAGCAGUAAAAACACAGCUGAGUGUCGCUGAGAGGCUUCAGCUGGUUACUGCUGACUGGUGCGCUAAUGUCGUUAGCAUGUUUGUUUUUGAAUGCCCGUCUCUUUGUUCCUGAGUGGGAUGGCACUCCGAGGUUCCGAACCCCCUUUACCCUCUCCUGCUCCUAAAAGCCUCUGUAGUUAAUAGGAGAAAGGUGUUUGUGCCGGGAAGUUUUUCUGAAGUGUCCGCAAGGAGACGAGGGGUCAGCUGAGACAGGAAGCCCAUGGCCGGUGCUGUAUGAAAACAGCUCUAUAGCAUAGAGCCUUCAAAGGGAGACGGGGAUGAUCUCCCCGGGGACCAUGCACGCACGCACACACAGGCCUGCUCUUCUUGAAGAAUGCGGCUGAAGGAAAAGGCGACCCCAGUGUGAAACAUCAGUCAACAAGUGUGCACCCGGGGUCAAAGUUCAACGCACUUCUAUUUUUUCACCUGCUUCCUACAGCUUGAAGAGAACUUUUGAAGCUCUGGCGGGCUGGUAUGGCUUUGCUUUCGGGGCCGCUCAGUUUGUUUACACAUACAGUACAAUACACCAGUUGAUGCUUUGAUGCUUGGAAGAUGUUACUGAUACGCACGUCGGGGGGGGGCCAGAGAACACACGACCAUCGAUGUUCUCUCUAUGUGAACUCCUAAAUAUGCAACUAAUGUCACAUGAUGAAAUGUCCUUGAUGCUCAACUCUGUUUUUAUUUUUGCUGCUUUGAUGUAAAGAAUCCAUGGUAGAUAUAACUGGAACCACAACAAAUAGCCUUUAAGGCGCACACUCAAGUUAUUGUUUAGUUAAAGAUGGAGUCUGUUUCAACAAGGCUCAUGUUAAGGUCAGUACGGUGAAAGGGCUUCAUGCUAUGGAGCGAAUGCAGACAGAAUAAGAUCAAAAAGCUUUGGAUAGGGACAUUCCAGACUGAAAGAUUUCCCCUCACAUUAUUUUUGGUCAUGCAGUGUAACAUGCAGUGCUGCUGAUGUACGGUUGGCUGGAAAACCAUCAGAAAUUCGCUUUAUGUACUUAAGUAUCCAUUCUUUACUUUCUGUGUGAUCCUUUCAUUGGGUGCCUGCAGCUGACUGUCUAGCUGCACAGCUGUGCUGGCACACCAGUGGGGGUGCCCACUUUUAUCAUAAUCAUUCUUUGAAUACCUUUCAUUAUCAUAAAAUAUGUGAGUAUUAAAGGGAUGGAUUCCCCGGCCCCGCCAACAUCUUCAUUACCCAUUCUGACUGACAAAAACCUGCUGUCCUAGGGAGUGACAUUAAUAAAAGAUGGGAUACUAAA